GACAGCUACAUGGAAUGCAGGAACAUCAGAGUUUAUUGUACAGAGGCUUUCCCAUAAGAUCUGGAACAAAAUUUUGUCCAAAAACUACAAAAUGUCCAUGGAAAACAUUGAACAACUCGGCCUGAAAGUAUCCAAUGAUCUCCGUGAAAAGUGGCCUUCUCCAAUACUGUUAAUGAGGUCAAGCAACCCAGUGGUUGACGAAGCAGUCGUCAGCAGCUUCAAAAAACAUGCCAAGCUGAGGAGCCAAAAUGUCAUCUUGAGGGCUUUCUCAUGUGCACGUUAAAAUUGAACUGAAACGUGCAUGUGAUUAUGUUACAAAACUCUUAAACUGGCAUAAAAUAUUGUUUUAAUUCAGCAACCUAAAUUAAAUUUUAAAACCAGAGUGGUUCAAAAUAAACACUCUUCUUCUCCCAACUUCCUUCCCUCAUCACUAACUGGCCGAGGCAGAUGGCCACCCCAUCUCAGAGCCUGGUUCUGCCGGAGGUUUCUCUCUUUUAAAAGUGAGUUUUUCCUUCCCACUGUCGCCAAUGUGCUUGCUCUAGGGGGUUAGUUUUUGUGCAUUAUUGUAGGGUCUUGACCUUACAAUAUAAAGCACCAUGAGGGAAGUGUUGUUGGGACUUGGCGCUGUUUCUUAACUCAAAAUGUCCAAUUACAACAGGACAUUUUACGUUAAGAAACAGCGUCAAACCAGAAAUUAAAAUAAAAUAAAAAAAAUAAAAAAAACUUUGAAUUUGUGCUUUGUUUCAUUUGCUGUAAAUUUGCUAAGAAUGUAAUAUAAGAUUAGAAUAGUGUUUAUUUGUUUGCCUAUUUAUAAGGAACCCCAUUAGCAUUAGCUAAGCACUGCAGGAGAGAGGCCCCAGACAUGAGGAGGAACGCAUGAAGGCCAGGUGAAGAGAGGGACCCGACAGCAGGAACAGUGACAGAAGGAGACAACGCGUGCGAUUGGCAGCAGUGCAUUUGUGAGUAGUGUCUCCAGUGUCGUUCACCGGGUGCAGCCGUGUUGGGAGAGGGUCGCCAUGGCUAUAAGCCAGGGCCGCUUCCGGGACAAUGGUUCUGGCCCAUUGACUGUAGAAAACACCAGUCCGCAGGCGUGUGGGGUCUCAGAGCUCUGAUGCGCAUGGAAUUUUCUCUGGAGAGUUGCCGCAGUCAGGUAAGUGAAGUUAACAUUCCCAUACAAGUAACAUUUUUUAAAAGUUUUUUUUUAACUAAAUAGCUCUUUAUAGUUUCACUGAUGUCGAGUGAGGACAUGUUAGCAGCAUUUACCCAUAGGUUUAAUGAUAUUGUCCAGUAGCUUCUCACUGAGUUAAUAUGAACCUAAAACAUUUUAACUAUGUAUUUCUUCUAAAUGCUGUCUAAAUAAUAUCAUUGUCACAUGUCUAAUGGUACAGUUUGAACUACUAAAUUACCAUUUAUUAGUAAGCUAAUAAUCGCUAAUUGGCUUACACAAGCAAACGUACUUUCAGAAAAAGUGGGUAACAUUAUCAUGAAGUUAACUUUACUGAUUUAUAUUAUUUUAAGCAAAUGCCAAAGGCAUACACUAAUUUAGAGUUUUGCUCAUUAUUUAGUAAGAAAUAUAUAUUUUGUAUAACUUAACUGAUAGCAAUGUUAAUGAUAUGUUAAGUAAUAUGAAGUAAUGUUUCUAUUUUAUAGAAAGGUUUAAGAAUAUGCAAAAACCAAAUCUCUGAGAGAUGCAACCAGAAGACGAAUGAGAAACAUACUUGAGGCUGAGAUGACAGAAACACAUGGGUGAGAAUAAAAAAUCGUAAGAAUGAUGUAUGCGCAAGGGAUUGUUGCUCUGUCUCCAUAUCUGGAAGACCCAUAUUCACAACAUGGAUAUGAACAUUACUACAAUCCAGAGGGCAGUUCAGGAUACCUUGAGUGGCGGUUGAAGACCAUUCAAAGAAAAGCUGCGGAGGAAAGAAGCGCCUCGGUUUGCAAAUCUCCCAAAAUUGGUGGGCCAGGCCAUGGUCGAUCCAGACCACUCACCACUCAGACAGUGUUAUCAGAUGAGGAUGUAAGAGCAGCUAUUGCUCUUUUGAGACACUCUGCUGAUGAAGACAUCCUUAAAAAGAUGAAAGCUACCUUCUUUUAUCGGCAUUCAAUGGUUAGCGAUGAAAAGAAUCCAGCAGAUGUCUUCAUAGGCCUGAUGCGGUUUCUGGACACACCAGGACUGAUAGAACAAGAUUUCCGACUCCUUUUUUGUGAGGUCACUGCCAGCAAAUUCUUGGAGAGGUGGCCCAUCAAUCUCAAAGCAAAGGUUGUAAAGGAAAGUCAUGGAUUUGUCUCCACCUCAGAGCUCUUGGAGUUAAUGUGCAAUGCUGAGUCAGGCUGGGACAGUGACAUGUCUGCUAUCUUGCUGCUAUAUCUGCUACCACCAUCUGCACGAGGGCGAAAGAGACCAGGAAAGAUGUCUGCAUCUCAAGCUGUCGAUAACCUCAUCAAAUUCCCAAAGGCUGGAACCAGUGUACAGCAGCAUCUAGACAACAUCACCUGAAGCAGUCAGCCCUGCUUUCUUGCUCAGGGAUCCACAAGAAGCAGCAUGCACACCUUGUGAUUGACAAGCAUGCACUUCCAUGUAAAGUGACAGGUUCAGUAGGAUCCCUUGAUGAACUCUUUAGGGCCCAUUAUGUCUUUGGUACAUCAUACAGUUCAUCCCUGACCAACUUUUUCACUUUUCUGCAAACAACUAUGACAUUGGGGAAACGUCAUAUUGCUUUCUCUAGUGAGCAUCCUAGAACUGUAUGCUAAUGCAAGGGUUUGUUACGUUAAUUAAAUGACACUGAAAUGAGAAACAUAAUAAAUGCUGUUACUUUAA